GGCUGCAGCUAAGCUAACGGAGAAAGCCGCCGCCAGCAAUCCUAUCUCCAACCUGUGAACCCCAACCAAAUGACGCCGACGGCGAGCCUCCUCCUCCCGGCUCCCCCCUUUGUCUCCAUCUCCGAUGUGCGCCGCCUCCAGUUCCUCCCGCGCGGCCGCCGCCGGCCUCUCCUCUGCUGGAGCGGCGCGGAGUGGGGUUCUGUGCCUGUGCGGACCCAGAUGCUGUCUUCUUUCGUCGGGAGCAGAAGAUCGAGCCGCAGAAGCGUUAUCUGCGCUUCCCUGUUUGGAGUUGGAGCUCCCGAAGCACUGGUCAUUGGAGUGGUCGCCUUGUUGGUGUUCGGCCCCAAGGGUCUAGCAGAGGUAGCCAGGAAUUUGGGGAAGACUUUACGUGCUUUCCAACCAACCAUUAGAGAGUUACAGGAUGUAUCAAGGGAGUUCAGAAGCACUCUUGAACGAGAAAUUGGAAUUGAUGAGGUUCCCCCUUCCACGAAUUAUAGGCCCACAACCACGAAUAACAACGAACAACCUGCUGCCGACCCAAAUGUUAAGCCUGAAACUGUACCUUAUACUAGCGAGGAACUCAUGAAAGUAACUGAAGAACAAAUUGCUGCAUCAGCGGCUGCUGCCUGGAAUACUCAACCUGCCCCAUCACAAGAGCAAGAAGCAGCACCCCCAACUCAAAGUACCAACACUGCUAUAUCAGGAGGUAAUGAUGGUCCUGCAGCUCCUGCUCCUGCAACCGAGUCUGGUCCAAGCGAAGCAAAUCAGUCUGAGAAGGCGGAAAGCGAGCGAAGCAAAUCAGUCUGAGAGGCGGAAAGCGAGCGAUAAAGCCAGUGGAUAGGAAGAGCAAAUCAGGGUGAGGAGUUUUGCUCAGUUUUUUCCUGAGGCGGGGGAGAGUUGUAUGAAAUGCUUUCAGUGCUUAGGCUUAUUCUGCUUAUCUUGCGCUGCUGUAGUAGAUGUUGAAGAAGGCUGUGUAUAUUUCCUAGUAGUGCGUCUCACGCUGCCACGGAUGCUGCUUGUGCCGUCGUCGGCCUUGUAACAUUUCUGAGCCUGUCGUAGCCACGAGAGUUUGUUGUAUGGUGCAGUGAUUUUAAUCAUGAUUGAAUGGAGAGGCGAUUGAUCCCA